UAUUUUAGGGAUAAACGAAACUGUGUAGCUAAAUAAAGAAGAGAUAAUGUUCAUAAACGUAGUGUAUAAGGACGCACCGGAGUUGUCCCCGAUGAGUCGCCGCCCAUCCAGCGAACCUGAUCCGUCGCAGGAAAAGACGUUACUCGUCAACCCCGACUGUCCAGUGCGAAUAAUGCUAGAGUACAUCCGCAAGCAAUGCAAGCUGGGUUCCUUCACCGCAUUCGACCUCUGCGACGAGAGUGGCCGCCUACUAGGACUGUUUAAUUUAGAGACAUACGAAUAUGCUACUGAUUGGUUUGAACACAAGAAGAUUUACUACAUCAUCGUUUUAAGAUUGGAAACGGACCGCCAGCUAACGAUUCUGCCGCAGUUGAACCAGGAGAACCGUUUCUACGAGGAACUAAAGCAGCGGGUGAAGACUUUCAUUUCAGCCUCUCCUACUAAUUCCAAGGUAGCCAGAUCCUCGCCGACUCAAUCUAGGAAGAAAUAACUCAUUUGUCAACAUUUACCUACAUCUCGUGAAAAUCUGUUUAUUAAUCGAAUUAAUGUUUUUGAUUGUUCACAUGUGAAACCUUAUGUUAUU